AUGAAUCAAAUCUUAGACGGCAUUGCUGCCUUGCAAAAAAACAUCGAAUAUAAUUGGAUUGCUCUCGAACACGACUAUGCACAAAAAUUGGAUAAAGAAAAAUACGACCUAUUAAACUUCUUAAAGCAAGGAUUGUCACUGUGGAAAUCGUCGGAAUCUAUAAGAGAAAUAGUAGGGAAGCGGAAAAGCGUUUACGGACGAACUUUGUUCACAGAGACGCCAAAAGAUGUGUUUACGACCGAACAAUCACAACAAGAUACAUGUGUGGAAACCAUUGAUCAAGAAAUUAAUUCAGUUGCAAUCCAGUGGGGCUUCGAUGUUGUCAGAAUUAUGGGAGAUGGAAACUGCUUUUUCACUUCUGUUGCAUUUCAAGUUUCUCAAUUGUUAACCAGGAGUGAUUUGCAAACACAUGUGAGGGAACAUUUUUAUUCUUUGGGGAUCUUGCCUGAUCUCUCAGUAUCCGAAAUUAGUAAAAUUCUGCGAAAACACCUAGUAGCUGAGUGGACAGGUCCUUUUACAGAUGAAUACAACCAAUUUGUAAGCGAAGACGUUGACUUUCAACAACAGGCUCACGAAUUCUUAACCUCUGGUACAUUUGCUUCCAGCAUUGGAGACCUGAUGCCCCUUGGCUUAUCUAACGUCCUGCAGAUACCUAUUCUGGUCCUAUCAACGCGAAAUCUCGUUCCAUUCACAGAAAUAUACCCACGAACUUCUGUGGGAAAUGGAGAGGCAAUAUUACUUACGUUCAAUCACGUGGGACCAGGUCAUUAUGAUGCACUAGUUCACAGCACUCAACAGGAUGAACUCGAUGAAGUUGAACACCAAAACGAGGCCAGCAUUGCUACCGAUGAAAAGGAUUUCGAAAUCCACUCAAGAGUAGCGUGUCGCUGUGGAAUAAACUGUAUGUCUAACAAAGCUGGCCAUUGUAAUAAAAAUGCAUAUAAAAGCCGGUGUAGGUGCAUUCCACGUUACGGUAGUUGCUGCGACAAAUGCAGGUGUAAAGGCCAUUGUGGUGAGAAGGGUAAUUGCAAAAAAAUACAUGAAACUUUAAAAAUAAAACGCAAAUCAAGCAAAAGAAAACAACAAGCAAUUGAAUCAUCACCAUUUAAGACCUCUCGCAUUUUCUACGAGCGGAGAACAAGAUCCCAAAUUGAAGAGCCAUUCAAUCGGCUAGAAUUUGUGAUACUAAUGGUAAUUUAUGUUGCACUCAAAGGAAUGAAACAGGAUAAAAACAAUAAUUAUAGCAAUGACGUUUGGGGAAUUUACAACAAGUUAAUUGAACUGGUUUUGCAGCACGAUUUUUUGUGCAGUUUGCCACUGUUCAGCAAAACAUUGGAACAA